AUGCUGACUAAGAACACAGGGCAUCGUUUAGUGGUACAUCAAGCAAUGAUUCCAAGAAUCCUGAAGCUGUUUCCCCACAUUUGUGGCAACAGAAUGUUGUCAAGUUACAAACCUAAAAGCAGCAUCAAGGACUCUUACAAAAUUCUUGAGCUGGAGGAAGGAUGUUCCCUUGAUGAUAUCAGAAACUCCUAUCGAAGUCUUGCCAAGAAGUACCAUCCAGACAGCAGUGCUGCCACAGCUGAUGCUGCGGCAUUUAUUAAAGUAGAAGAAGCAUACAGAGUGGUGCUCGAUGAUGUGGCGACCAAAACGAAAUCAAGCAACAAUAAUGAAGAGGAGGAAGAUCUGUUCAAAACAAAAUCACCACAGCAUAGACACUACUUGAGUUUUGAAGGUGUUGGUAUCGGAACACCAAGCCAAAGAGAAAAGCAAUACAUGCAGUUUCGAGUAGAUCGUGCUACUGAGCAAGUGUUGGAGUAUCGGAAGCAGAGACUUGAGAGCCAGUAUGCUGGGAGUGACCUGAUGAAAGCCAAAGAUGUGAGGGAGAGCAAAAAGAUGAAAAUAACUCAGGCAGUUGAACGAUUGGUUGAGGACCUCAUCCAAGAAUCAAUGGCAAAAGGAGACUUCGACAACCUCACAGGCAAAGGAAAACCUUUGCAGAAAUUUUCAGACUGUCCCUAUAUUGACCCUAUGACUCACAACUUGAAUAGGAUCCUGAUAGACAAUGGAUACCAGCCAGAGUGGAUCCUGAUGCAGAAAGAAAUACGGCAAACUAUUGAUCAAUUAAGAAAGAGUAUAGUGGCAUCUCAAAGUAAGCUUGGAGGGUCAAUGACACAACAUAAGCAAAAGCAGUGGAAUCGUAUUUGUGAGCAAUUUCGAGAAGAUAUCAGGAAAUUAAAUAAACGAGUUGACAGCUUCAAUUUAGUUGUUCCUCUUCUGAGCAGACAAAUUAUGCACUUCAAUGCAGACAAAGAAAUUGUUCGAGCACAAAAGACUUACGAAGCUUUGAUGGAAAACAGAGAGGCUUCUGAUUCAGACACAAAGGAAAAUGAAGAGGAAAAUGUGAAAAAGUUUGGGUGGAAGUCUUCUCUAUUUAAGUGGUUAAACCUUACAGAGAAGUAAAGAUAAUACUAAUUCACCUCUCUUGUCAAGAUUUUGAAUGCACUUUAUUAAUAUAAACUUGUAGCACUACAGAAAUUUCAUUUACACUGAAAAUGUCAAAUCCAGCUGUCCACUGUUACACCAGUUACAAGUAAUUGGAUUGUCUGAUACAUGUUUGCAAGUUCUUGAUUUUUAUUUGUGAAUGUGGUU